GUUUUGUUGUGAAUUCGGGUUGCUGUAACAAUUCCAUGUCUAAUUUAUAGAAUUCUACUAUACUCAUAUUUAUUUUCUCAUUUUUUUUUUAAUCAUUAGUAUCCUAUUUAUAUCUCAUUAAUUUGUGCUGUGAAUAUAUUAUUACAAUAGUGAAAAUUGUGCUACUUUUGUUUUUGUUCAAGAUCAAAAACAAUUGAGUCCUAAUCAUAAAAUAAGGAUGAGUGAAGUUGAUAGUAAAUUUGUUUCUAGAGCUAAGAAAAGGAUUAAAGAAGCUAAAAAGCGAUCAAGGCCAGAAUUGAGUGAUUACUGGUCUUGGAAUAUGUUAAAUUAUGCUGUACACUUUGAAAGGUACAAGGUAGUGAAUGAUACUAUUGAACGUAUAGAUGUAAACAAAGUUUCCUUGGAAGAAUUUGUUGAAAAGUAUGAAAAACCUUAUAAACCUGUUGUUAUUACUGGAAUUCAAAACAAUUGGGGUGCACUGCAGAAAUGGACUUUACAUCGAUUAUGUAAGAAAUACAGAAAUCAAAAAUUCAAGUGUGGUGAAGAUAAUCAAGGAUACAGUGUGAAGUUGAAAAUGAAAUAUUUUAUUAAUUAUAUGCAGUCGAAUAAUGAUGACAGUCCUCUCUACAUAUUUGAUAGUGGAUUUGGUGAGGAUAGAAGAAGGAGUAAGCUUUUAGAAGAUUAUGAUGUUCCUAUUUAUUUUAAAGACGAUUUAUUUCGUCUGUGUGGUGAAAAUCGAAGACCUCCUUAUCGUUGGUUUGUUAUGGGUCCUGCUCGUUCUGGUACCGGAAUUCAUAUAGAUCCAUUAGGAACAUCUGCUUGGAAUGCUUUAGUUCAAGGUUAUAAACGAUGGUGCCUUUUCCCCACUCAGACUCCUAAGGAAUUGUUGAAGGUCUCUUCUGCUGAUGGGGGCAAACAACGUGAUGAAGCAAUCACUUGGUUUUCAGUUAUUUAUCCUAGAACACAAUUACCAACAUGGCCUCAAGAUUGUAAACCAGUAGAAAUUCUUCAAGCUCCAGGAGAAACUGUAUUUGUACCUGGAGGCUGGUGGCAUGUUGUUCUAAACCUUGACACCACCAUAGCAAUCACUCAAAAUUUUUGCAGUAGGACCAAUUUUCCAGUAGUGUGGCAUAAAACAUUACGUGGACGGCCUAAAUUAGCCCGAAAGUGGUAUAAAGUUCUAAAGAAUUCCAUGCACAUAAUGACUGAAGAACCUGAAUUGGCUGCAAUAGCAGAUAGUGUUGAUGUAAGAUUUUCCACUGGUGUAGCUUCUGAUUCAUCAAGUUCAUGUAGCAGUUCAUCUUCUUCAUCUAGCUGUGGCACAGAUGAUUCUGAUAGUGGUCAGGAAUCUUUGACUCCUCACAAAAAAAGAAAAAUUUGUAAGGAGACACCGUCUGCAACCCAAGAUUGCUAUAUUUCUUCUUACACUUGAAAUUAUUCUUAUUUAUUUUUAAUACAAUUGAACUUUAUUACAAUGUGAUUAGUUUUAUUAAAUAAAAAUAUUUUUUUCUGAAAUACAUCUUAAGCAUAAUGAAUUUGUUGUUCUGGAAUGUUCAAUGUUCUAUAGUAUAUUGAUGUUCAUGCUUUGUGUGAUAAGAAGUUCAGUAUUUGCUCAUUAUAAAUUUAAAAAUCAAUUAUCGAAAUUGAUUAAUAUAAUAGUUUCAGUCAAAAAUACUUGAAACUAUUUUUAGAAGAAUGCACUACCGACCAAUCAAUUUUAUGAUUUCUAUUUUAAUAGCACAAUUUAGGCAUAAUCAGGAUGCAGUUUUAAUGUUGUUUUUUUUGUGACUUAGUAAACUGAUUUUGGUAUAUAUUUUGCCCAAUUUAAGAGAUCAAAAUAUAAAUCAAACAAUAUUUGUAUCUUAUUCAUUUUUAUAUUUCAUAAAAUUUAUUCAUUGGUAAUUAUAAUUUCAAUUAAUACGAGAUCAUUAGACAAAAUUUAAAGGUCUUGUAUUAAUGUUAAUUAGUUAAGUGUAUUGUUUUUAAAUUAUGAUUAACAUUUUAAUUUAUAUACCGCUUUUCUUUAGAAAACAAAAAAAAAACUAAUUUAAAUGUCACUUAUUGGAAUUGUAUGGUUAUGAAUUGUGUCUUCUGUCUUAAUCAGAAAUUCAAAUAUUAGUUUAGACCUAAGGCUUUGUAAAUCCAGUGUGACUUACAGAUCACAUUGCAAAAAAAAGAACUUUUAAGUUAUUAAUCAUAAAUCAUUUAUUUAAUUGAGAUAUAGAAUUCCAAAACUAGCCAACUUUAAUUUAAAUUUUAUUUAAGUAACAGUUUUGGUACCAAAUUAUCAUAAAGUAAAAGAAUUUAUUUUAAAAAACAGUUAAAUCACCAGUGAUUAAUGUUAUAAUUGUUACAAAGCUGACAAUAAAAAGUAAAUUAAAUAAAUUUUAUGCAGUCCUGAUUGGGCAGAAUAUUUAUAUAAGAUUUUAAAUUUUGUAGUAAUAAAGCAUAUAAACGAUUUGUUAAUUUUUUUUUGCCUGGAAGGGGUUUUUCACAAAUAUAUUUUGACCAAAAGUCUUUCGCAUUACAUUAUAUACAUAACAACAAAAGUUAAAAUAAUUGCAUUUAUAUAUUUUUCUUUUGUAAUUAAGCUGAUUACAAAAAUUUAGAAUGGAUAAUUUUAUAGUAUUAUCUCAAUCUAUUUCAAGAUGGAUACAGUACUUCCAUUAAAAUAAAACAGAUGCUUCCCUAAGUAUGUGUUUAGUGUUUAACAAUUACCUAUCGUGUGAUUUAUUCAAGUUUAAAUAAUUCAUGGUAUUUAGCUGCCAGUAGGUGUAAAAGAGAUCUAUAAUAGCCGAUGGUCGAGGAUUUGAACCAACCAAUUUAAAUAAAUCACCCUUUGAUAUAAUUACUAUUAUUUUAUAAUUCUUUUAAAAUAAAUAUGGUUUACUCAUGAACCCUUAAUUUCGUUGAGAAAUAUUAAAAUACAGUUUUACAUAAUAUCCAGUUUACUAAGUCCAAAGGAAGUAUAUAAAGUAUUUAAUGUUGAUGUUAUUGAUAACAAUACCAUAUUUUAAAAUAGUGUUGAAUAAAGUGGUAUUUUAAUACAUCUUAAAAAGUGCAUUAGAUUUUUCAUUAUUUUUAGUUGCCAACAAUGAUGUUCAUCUUAUUAAUAUUUUCAUUCAUUAUCAUAUUCCGAUAAAUUGUACCUGACAGUAUACAUUUGUAAAAUGUAUAUAUCUGUGAUUUUUUUUUUGAUUUUUAGAAAUUUUCCAUUUAUAGUCCAUAUUUUUACCUAAUAGGAGUUUUGAAGACAAAACAUUAAAAAGAAAAAAAAAAUCAAGGAAAACAGAAUAAAUACAGCUGACUGAUAAAAUAGAUAUAAUUUAUUUUGUUUUAUUUGUGUAUGUAACUCUAACAAGCAAGAGUGAUAUCUUUAAUUUGCAUGUCAGAUUACUUAAGAUUGUUUUCUUGUAUUAAAAAAAAAUUAAAAUCAUUUUAAUUGAAAAUGUUUAAGUUUAAUUUUGAGGGAAAUUCAAUCAGUCUAUUAUGUUAUAAUUUAUUUUCAAUUUUUAAAAUUAGAAGGUUUUUUUAAAUAUAAAGAACCAUAAAUAUUAUUCAAUAAGUAUAGACAAAUUAUUUUUCAUGAAUGUACAACUUAAAUUUACAAAAAUCAUAAAUGUAUAUAAUCAAUUAUUUCCAUAUUGGUUUAACUAAUAUUUUCUAUAAUUUAUGAUUAUAAAAAAUUAAGAAUUAUUUUUAUUCAGUAAGUUCAGGGUGUCUUAAAAUUACAUUUCUGUCAGGGGAUAAGCCUUUAGGAGUACAGUGCUUUCCUACAUUUGACUUCUCCACUAUUUAACCCUGUUCUUAAUGAUCACUCUUGCUUGAUCUGUCUCUGUUGUUAAAAUUAUGUUGUUUUUGGAUUUGUAAGUGAUUGUAAGCGGUUGAGCAUGAUUCUGGCCCAAUCACCUCCCUGAAUAACCGUUGGCCUUGAAGUAGUACCUCCUUACAAAGCACUGAACCCAAGACCCUUCAAGGGUUGUAGUGCUACAGGUUUAUUUUUGAUAAAAUGAUUUAAAAUUCAUGUCAAGAAUUAUUAGCAUAAUAGCAACUUCAUCAAAACAAAUUAUAUAUUAUUAUCUAAGCAUUUAGUCCUGAUUAUAAAUUCACAGAUUCAAUUCUGCUAUAUGUCAGUAUUUUGAUUUUAGUAAUAAUACUUAUUUAUGAGUGUAACUAUUUUACCAAUGUGUUAAAGAGUUAUCUUUUGAACAUAGAGACUUUAUUAUUGUUAAAUAUUUUAUUUAUAUUAAUGAAUCAUUUCAAGCGUAUUACUUUCAAGUCUUAUAAGUAAGUAAAUUUAUUUGUUAUGUGUUAGACCUUUUCAGUUAGAUAUCCUUUAAACAUUCACUUAUAUUCUCUCAAUUUGAGAACAAAAGCACUGAGAAAUAAAUUCUAAAAAUUGUAGAUUAAGAAAAUAUUAAGUUAAGAGAUUUAUAUCUCGGUAUAUUAUAUGUGUGUUUGUAUUUACACAUACAUACUGCACAUGAUUAUAUAACACAUUUACAAUUUCUUAAAUUUCCAAUGCAUUAAAAACUGAGUUUUUAAAAUAAACUUGCAGCUUCCAUUUUAACUAUUUGAUUAGUGUUCAUUUUUGAUACUUGAAAUAGAAUUUUUUUCAACUGCUGUUGUAUUAUGCCGCAAUAUAUUUAUAAAAGUAGUGUUGUAUUUGCUAUUAUAAUCUUGUUUUGUACAAGAUACUUAAGAAUUAAAACUAUUUUUCUAAAAAAAAAAAAGAAAAAAAAGAUACUUAUGUAUUUCUUAUAUGUAUUAGAAUUAUUGAGCCAGAAAUUGCAGUUGUGCAAAGUAUGAUUCUGCUAUUGCUUGUCAAUGUUUUGCUCAAUAAACUGUCAUAUCAUUCCAAAAUAAGAUAAGAUAACCAUGUCUUUCCAUUAGGUUUUUUUGUUUUCUAUUGGUAAUAUUUAUGACUUACAGAAUUGAAAUAUAUUGAUACUAGUAGAAAUUUUUAAUGGAUCCAUAUUUAAACUGAAAAUAAAUAAAUUAACUGAGAAGAAAAAAAAGUCAAAUUAUUUAAACAUUAGAGAUAAAUUAUUUUUUAUCAAAUUUAUUAAAUCAUUGAGUUAUUUUUGCUUUUGUCUCACUAGCCUCCCUAAAAACUUAAGAGGUAAUUUUAAUUUUAUAAUCUACCGACAAUACCGAUACAUUUUUAGGCUGUAUAUUACUAACCAUUUAGUACAAAUAUUUAAGACAGUAAAUAAAUCAAAUUAUUAUUUGUGUAAACAUGGCUUUAAACUGAUGUAUAGCUGAAUAAGAAAGCCUAUGCACAAGCUUACAUAAGAAAAAUGUAUUAAUAUGGGUAAUAUGCAUUGAUAUUAUAAAUAUAAUGUAUAUAAUUGAUUUUGUGUUAUAAUUGUACAGAAAUGAGUACAUAGUACUAUAAAAUUUAAAUAAUGUUUUAAUAAAUUUUUAAAAAAAAGUCUAUUUAUUUUUUAUACUUAUUCCCUUAAUUGAAAGUGAUUUUAAACACUGUUUUUGUUCUUUUUAAAAUUUCCCAGGAAGAAAUAGUUUUAUUAUUAUUUAAUAUUUAGCAUUCAAAAAAUUAAAUUGCCCCCUCCCUCCCAAAAAAUAAAGAAUUGCAAUAUUAGAACAAUUUUCCCAGUUAUAAAGGUGAGUAUAUAUCUGUGAAAAUUGUUCUAAUAUUGGAAUUCUUCA